CCAGUGUCUCUGCUCCCGUGAGGGCGGCUCUUAAAAUUGCCCCCAAACUCCUCCUGGCUGGCGCCUUUUUCCUUUAUCUGCCGGAGACGAGACGUGCAUGCUAUUUUUAGGGCGCCGUUGGAAUAAACUCAGCGUUACGGUCUGAAAAGCGGAGCAAACAUGAGCGACAAGGGGACAGUCUCACCGAAGGAGAAGGAGGCAACUGAGAAGAGGGGGCGUGGAAGACCCCGCAAGCAGCCCCAGGAGUCCAGCGGCUCUCCAACUCCAAAGAGGCCAAGAGGGCGACCAAAGGGUAGCAAAAACAAGACUACCACCAAGAAAAAGGCUACAACUGCUGCAGCUGCGGGAGGGAAGCGCAGAGGAAGGCCCAAGAAGGAGGAGGUGGAAGAAAAGGCAUCCAAGGAAUCAUCUGAGGAAGAGGAGGAGGAAGAUGAGGAAGAACAGUAAUUUCGCAUGCUACCUCACUCAACAUACUGACUUACUGUUAACAAGAACUGGGCUGUAUUUUCCAACACCAGUGCCACCACCAUGUUCACCAAAAACCCUGCUACCAUUGGAGGGUUAACGCAUAUAUAAAAUCAUGCAGCAGCACUGGAUAGACCGAUGGACCUUGCUUAAGCAUAGAUCUAAGAAAUAACAUUCAACAAGUCAACAGCCCUUUUCUGUGUCUUUUAUACUGGACAAACAUUCUGCUCUGUGGAACCUGGACUCUAACUCUCCAAAAUCAUGAUUUCUCUGCUUACUGUUAUUUGUUGUACCUGCAUCAGAGAUGGUAGGGCGUAUAUAGUUUUCUUCAUGUUUUGUACUGGACAAAGGUGAAUUUUACCUAAAACAUACCGUGUGCGUCGUGUGAAGUGGUUUAACAAAUCUGUUUGCAUUGUAUACUAGAUGGGUUUCAAAAGUUUAGGAUGAGAGUAGAUCACUGAUGGUAGAGAUGUCUUUUUCUGUCGAAUAUAAUCCCCCUCUGUCUCACCGUAGAGCAAAAUUUAUCAACAUCACCGCCCUAAUUCCUGUAGGCAAAUAGUUCAUAAACUUUUCAGUCUAUGCCUGUAGUGGAGAGAUUGUAUUGUUAAUCAAGUAGUCCAAUCAGACGUAGUAGUUCUUUGUUUGGGUAACAUGAGUGUUUUGUAUGAUAACUAAUCUAUAACAAAUGUAUUAAGGAUAUCUUGUCAGAGCUCUAGGCUGGGAGCAUCAGUAUAUCGUUUCUUCAGGGAGCUUUUCAAAUGCUGUUUGUCAAUUUCCAAGCGCUCAUUCAAUACUUUAUUGCAACUGCUUAAACAAGGAGGCUGUUUGUGAGGAUAUUGGUGGCACUACUAUCUCUAUAACGGCUUAUUUCAUUCCAUUUUAGCUCUCUGCUUCACCAAGCUUGGUCCUUCUGUCACUGCUUAGUACAUUGUUGUUCUUGCGUUGUCAGCUACAGGUAAAGGAUGUGUGUAUCUGUAAGUGUCAGGGAAUCUUUGGCCACAAUCCACUUAACUGGGUUUUUUUUCCACACCUAAGCUGCUACAACCUCAAUGACAAAACCCGGAAAACUGCAAACAGGCAAACUCAGCCUAGAAUCUUCAUACCUCACUCAACAGCUUACUUUACCUAAUAUUGCAUUAACUGGUUUUUCUGUUUUUAAUGUAACCUGUGGCGUGAGUUGGAAGCGUCAUCUUUGCAUAGUUGUGAGUUUUUUUUCUUUGUUUUUACCUGACUGUACGCAACAGUUGUUUUUUUUUUUUUUUUUUUUUUUUUUUGGCUCAUUCAUAAACAGAGCUUGCAGACAGGUGAUUUUUAAUGUGUGAAGCAAGUCAGGGAGACCUGUCAGCUUGGCAACUGUGUUCGCUGACUGUGGUAGUUUAGUAGGUGUGUGUUUUUAUCCUUUUUAAAAAUAAAAAUCUGGUGCACUGAAA